AACGUACGAAUGUGAAAGCAACCUCGAAGCUAACCCAAGAUGUCCAUAAUGAAGCGAAGGAACCAUCAAAUACGAAUAAUCGUACGGAUUUAGACGAUAUUUGUCUGGAGAACAUCAGGCUAAUACUGUGGGAUGAUCAUUCGUACCAAAAAGGAAACAGCAGAACUUCUCAGCCUACGUGUCAGUCAAUUAACGCUGAUAAAGCGAGGAUUUCUGAUCUUGUGAAUAUCUGCACAAAUGCGUUGCGGUACGAAGAUGAUGAAAGUAUGCAAAAAGAAGAAAUACUAAGCAAAAUCAAAGGAGAUAUGGAAGACUCGUUGUUAUUUUGUUUGUACCUUGAUGGACCGAUCCAUGCAAUUUAUGAUAUUUGCGGAAACAUUCAAAAUGAAAUAAAUGAGCAUUGCAAAUGCUGUGUUUCACAUACAAAUAGCACAGAAGUCGAUCACAAAACGAACGAAUUGUUCUUCGUGUCCUUAUGCCAUGCUAUGAAGUUAUUUGAUGAACUGGUAAAUGCACUAUGUGAUAAAUUUGUGCAUGGAUUGAUAAUUAAUUUGAGUAAUUUAUCAAAGCAAUACAAUGAUGAGCCUAGGAAACAAAGAAACUACAUAAAUGAUGUAAUCUUUGAUAUAUUGAAUUUCCAUCGCAAGUUUUGUCGGUACUUGAGGAAAAAUUCUUAUGGAGUGCUAAAAAGAUCACGAGCUAUUUUGAUCACAUCCGAAGCGGAUAAGCAAGAUCAUUUAAAUUCGACCAAUGUAGCUCAGGAUCCUGCACAUGAUAACGCUAUUAAUUUUGAAAAACCUGGUUCAUCAUCUGACACAGCUGAAAGCGAUAAGGUAUCAAAACUUUUGGAUCAGCUUAAGAAGAGUUUAAUACGCACCAAACGUGUGAUGGACAAAGAAGAUGAUGGUUUAACCAAUAAAUUAGUGUCGGAACUCGAUUGUGUGGUGUCUUGGAUUGAAGAAUCACUAAAAUGUGGUUUCCAUAAUAUGACAGAUCUUACUCGAUAG